CCAAUAGUUAGACCUUUCCCAAUAACUCUUUGUCACAUCUUUGGAUACUUCUCUGUAUAAGUCAAUUGUGAAUUUUCUAAAAGACAUAACGUGAUAGCACUAAUAACAGUUCUGGAAUUAAUGAUGAAAUAUAAAUGGAUGCUGGGAAUGGUAUGUGCCAUAUUAUUGGUUUCACAGUCACAUGCCACUUGUGAUUCCGACUGUAAUAUAACCUUACAUGGAGACUCAGGAUGUUUUACGUCACCAAAUUAUCCGUAUAAAUAUCUAGACAAUAAAAUAUGCACAUACAAUAUAACUGUUGAAGAAGGGAUGGUUAUAAAGUUAACAUUUUCUGACCUUGAGACUGGAAUAAAUGGCGAUGUAAGGAUCAGAGAAAAGGGCAUUGAGGUAGCUAAUUAUAGCGGUGGAACAAUACCAGAUCCACUCUACAGUACAACAAAUGCUUUAUACAUUGUAUUUACAUCUGGUAAUAUUAUCGGUAGUGUUGCUGGAGAAAGUACGGAUAAUGAUUCGAGUGAAUACUUUUUUUUCUCAGCUUCUUUUACAGGAUUACCUGGAUCCCAUUGUAACCAGAAGUUAAAUGGAAAUUCUGGUUAUUUCACGUCACCGAAUUAUCCAGAUAAAUAUCCCAAACAUCAAAAUUGUACAUACAAUGUAAUAGUACCAGUAGAAUUGAUUAUAAAGUUAACAUUUUCUGACUUUAAGACUGGAGCCCUCGGUAGUAUUGUAUUGAUCAGUGAAAAUGGAAGUCUAAUAGCUGGAAUUACAGGGAUUUAUGAACGAGGUCCAAUAUUUUACAGUACAUCCUAUACUAUAUCAGUUAGAUUUUCAUCUGAUGAUAGUGCAAGUUACACAGGAUUCUCAGCUAAUUUUACAGCUUUACCUGGACCUAACUGUGGGAAUUGUACUUUUAUGGAUCCAGAAACACAUCAGCCUACCAGUGCCACUGCAUCAUCAGAUGCAACCUUUGAACCAGUUACUGGAAGCACCGAAACGCCUCCCACAGCGAUGCAGUUGGUAACUGUUGUUUCGACGGUACACGGACCAAAUAUAUCAACUGCUACAGUUGUGAAUCAGUGGUCUCAAACUACCCCUUACUUUCGACCUCCAUCAACGGCAAUGGCUGACGGAAUAUUACGAUCGAGAAUUUGUCGAGAGGUUGUAGUUGGCAUGUUACAAUCGGCCAUACUAGAUAACGUCGUCAGAAAAAUCAAGAACGAGUUAACAGUCAACAAAUCUAAUCUCUCGUCUGUUACCAGAAAGAAAGUGAGCCAGGAAGACGACAGAAAAAGUUCUGCUGCUAUUGGUUAUUUUGGCGUUACCUUCUGUGUCUUGCCUUUGGUCUUGAUAACUAUAUUGGAUAUUUCUAAACUAAUGCAAUAUUUAAAAACAAACUCUAGGGACGAGAGCAAUAUCCAUGGUGAUUGUUGAUUCAUAAGGACACCGGCUCCCAAAGUGUGUUCCCCUAAAUCACCGUGUCUCGCAAGGAAAAGUCAGGUGGUUUUGUGGGAUACAAUUCCAUAUGAAAAAUUAAGUGUCUAACGCUAAACCAACGUGACAAUCGUACAUUAUUUUAUAGUAGAUGAAAUAUUUAACUCGCGUGACGUUUUCAUUAAAUGGCACAUGUAGGAAAGUGUCCGUAUUUUAAGUUACGUCUUCGUGAAGUAUCAAUAUAUUUCGUACCCUAAUGUAGAGUGAUUCAUGUACAGAACUAAAAUCCAAUAAACGAGCUAUAUUUGGG